GCCGCCUGCCUGCUGCCCGGGCCCGGGGCGCGGCCCGAGGUGGAGGCGCUGGACGCCAGCCUCGAAGACCUGCUGGCCAGGGUGGACGAGUUCGUGGGGAUGCUGGAGAUGAUUCGCGGCGACUCGUCGCACGUCGUCAGCGAGGGCGUGCCCCGGAUCCACGCGAAAGCCGCGGAGAUGCGGCGCAUCUACGGCCGCAUCGACAAGCUCGAGGCCUUCGUGCGCAUGGUCGGCGGCCGCGUGGCCAGGAUGGAGGAGCAGGUCGCGCGCGCCGAGGCCGAGCUGGGCACCCUGCCCAGGGCGUUCCGGAAGCUCCUGCACACCAUCAGCGCGCCCUCCUUGUUCAGCAAGUCGUCUCCCACGCGGACGCCGCGCGCCGCCUACGAGCCGCCCGUCCUCUUCCGGACCGAAGACCACUUUCCCUGCUGCAGCGACCGGCCGCAGCUCUGAUCGGCUGACCCUGCUGCAGGAGCACCCCGGAGGAGCCUCUAGCCUGAGCAUUAAUGGAAAGUCCCUUCACUGGCAUCUGUGCGUUGGAGUAUGGAAUUUUCCGAGUUUAUUU